CGCGCCGCGGCCCUCCUUCGGUCCCCUGAGGAGAAAGCAGGCAGCCGCCGCGGGCGGGCGGGAGCGAGAAAGCCGGUCGGGCAGCGGGGAGUGCCGGUGGCCGCCGGGUGCCGGUUUUCCCGGGUGCCUGCCCGCUGCCCGGCUGAGGGUUUCCUUAUCAUCUAAAGAUCAAAUAUGGACCCUGAGGCUGAGAUAAAGAAGCAAGUAAACCCUUUCUACUGCAAUAUUUGCAAAAUCUGGUGUGCUUCUGCAUUAAACUUGCAGACUCAUUUCCUUGGAUUCAAACACAAGACGGUUGAAGAAGCACUGAAAGCUCAUGGCAUUGUUAAAACAGCAAGUGGCUCAGGGGAGCAAGUGAAAACACCUGUAAAACUUCCUGAUUAUGUGCAAACUGAGCCAGAGAGGUUUCAUGGACAGACCUUGGAAGAACAACUUAAUACAUGUAAAGAUUCAGAACCUGCACUUGGACUUAAUUAUAUAGUUGAAUACCGAUCAAAAGACAAUCUCCCUUUUCUCUAUGAAUGUCAACUGUGUCACUGUAAAACAGGACUGAGUAACAUGUUCAUGCAUGUUUGUGGUUCCAAGCAUAGACUGGCAUACCUGAAACAGCAUUAUCCUGAGAUAGCAGAAUCUGAUGAAGUUAAGGGUAAAGGCUCUGAACUGAACAGAAAAGUUAGGCAAGUUGCAUUAACAAUUGAGAAGAAAGAAGGAAGAAAACAAAUAAAGGUUGUUAGAGGUGCUCCAGUAAUGAGGAGAAGAUGGCAAGAAUAUCCUACUGCAGAUGACAGCCCUUCAAAAGCUAAAAUUCAGCACGUGGAUACGACACUUAGUAAUGAUGAAAAAACAGAUUGUAAAAAUAAGGAUGGAAAAAUGCCAGACUCUAUUCAAGAUGAAAAGAAUGUUCAAGAGGAGCAGGAAAAAGGUCAGAAAGAACAGGCAAAACCAGAUGACAAGGCUGAACCUAAUAAGGCUAUUGAAAGCAACAAAAGCAACAAGACUGAAGGCGGCAGCAAAGACAACAACUCAGAAAAGUGUGAUACUAAUAAGGAAUCACAGGAAGACAACAAGGAAGUUGAGCAAGAAUUCACUAGUCAAGAAGAACUGUUGGGUUAUUUGGUAUCUUGGGAAGACAUCAAAAUACUUAAGGAAAAACACUUUCCUCAAAGUUUUGAGAUACUGAAUGAAGAUGAUGCUUCAUUUAUCCUAAAAGUUACACAGACUCUUACAGAUGCACUGGUGGAAUAUCGUCAGCAGGCUGCAUCAAACAAAGACCUCUUAGAUACUGAAUAUAAUGGAGAAGCAAUAUUGGAAUAUUCCACAGAACAGUCUGACCUGACUUCAGCAGAUAUUAGUGACUCUGAUACAGACUAUUCAAGCAACCGGUCGGCUAAGCAGUCCUUAUCAGUAAAUGAAGAAGAUGAACCCCAAAACUUUUCAACUGGUUCUUCGGAAGCAGCAUAUGAGAACAACAUCACUGCUGAAUUUUUGAACAGUGUGAGAAAUAUGAAUGUUGAGGAAGUUACUGCUACUCUACACAAAAUAGCAGCAGCAAAUCCAGCUUUCAGAGGAAUUGAUAUUCCGAAUGUUAUAAGGAUCCUGACUGAAAGUGGAACUCUGAGAAGACCAAGCAACAGCAGCACACAGUGACACGGGAGUUAAUAAAGCUAAUAUAGCAAUGUUUACUUUCUGUAAGUUUGAAAUUUCUGUUUUACGUAAUAUGAACUGAGUGUAGAUGAUUAUGCUAUGUUUGAAUUUUGUACAGUGUUAUUUUAAUUAAAUUAAUAACUUGGUUUUGAGAUUCUUGUUAUUUAUUUCUCCAAUUAGCCAAAAUGUCUAUAUUUGUUGAAAGGUUGUAAAGCUCAUGUUCUUUCUUUCCAUGUUAAAACAUACUUUUAAAACAGGUAACUGUUGUUCUUCUCACUAUCAUUAAAUACUGUACAUUGACAGUCUGAUAUUAUUGUUGGCUCUUUUACAAAGAGUUACCAGCAGAAGAAACUACUGCAGUCAGCAGUACAAAUUCAUCCUACAACCUAUACUUGGAACUUAUUCCCUGUGGGCCUGACUCAAAAGCUUUUGUAAUCAGAAAUCCACUCCCAUAUAAGGAUUAUGAAUAGGUCUCCAUAUAUUUUUUUUAAAAUAAAGAUUAAAAAUAAUGAUAAAAAGUCAGUGCUGUCAGUCUAGUUCUGAGUUGAGAAGUGCCUGGAUUAUAGCCAAUUUAGAAAGCCUAGAUAAUUGGAAGCUGUAGCAAAGUCAACAGAGGCUGGCUUUGCUUCGAAAUUCAGAGGUAUGUCCCAAGAGAUCUAACCAGGCUAUGGUUAGGGUAACAAAAGGAUCUUUUUGUCUUCUCUUAUCCCACCAGUAUGAGAAUGAAAUGGGAGCUGGUUUAUACUGUCCUUAUAACGUGAACUUUCUUCCAACUAAAGUAGUAGUGGUUCUGACUGAAUGUAAGGUCUAUAUAUUAAUGACCACUACUUUUACAGGAUGAUGAAAAAUGUUUUGGAUGGUUAUAAGUUAGUGUGCUUGGGGAAAAAAAAAAUAAAUUAAAUUGUGUAAUUAAAAUUUGCUUCCUGCUUCUGAUGUUGGGUAGCAUUCAGUGGUUCUAAUUAAAGCUCUUCAGCUUUGCAGCCAAAUGCUGGUAUAAUAUAGACAUGCUGGGGCCAGAUGGUAAACGAACCUUUUAAUGUUAACUUACAUUUUUUUGGAGAUCUGGAUGGAAUUGAGAAUCCUCAUCCUGGUGGUUUCACAUCUUCAUAUCAUGGAAUGCAAGACGCCGUAAAAAUAAGGUAAUAAAGAAAGCAGCAACAAAAUUGGUUAGUUCUGUUCUAUGAACAGACACACAGGAAUGAAAACAGUUCAAUGACAGUUAAAGAAAUUAAAACAAAACCUGCUGCUUUAAAGAAAUUGUGAAGAAUUUCUACAGUAUCUCUAAAUAUGUUCUUGUCAGAAGCAGAAUGGAACCAGAGCUAUUACAGCUCAUACAACUCUAUAAUAGGGACAAUGUUAAUGCCUGCUUAGUGAAGAUGAACUUGUUCAGUAAAAACAUCUUUUAGUUGAUAUGAAAUUCUGAAUUCUUUUCCUGUAAUACCGAAAAUAAAAACAAACAUUAUUUUGUUUAUUUGUUUUCAAAGUACUGAACAUUCUAUUAAUUAAAAUUAUAAACUCAGAAUGUU